AUGGAGGCCCCAAAGCUCAGAGAGUCGGCGCGGGAGGCGCAGGGUCAAGAGGAGGAAGUGGGUGGCGGGGGCUGUCUGCCGCCCAGUACUAACAGUGUGCCACCUGUGGAGGGGAGGGUGCGACGCAGUGUGCUCACCUUACCUGUCAUCAACCUGGACAGACUGCGGACAGCCAAGGCUCUUGUGGACAAGGCGGUUAAGAUGCACAGGGUGUUUUCAGUCCAGGGUCCCUACCCUGUGGUCCGCGCCGCCCUUCGGGCAAGAGGCUGGGUGGAGCGUCGUCUGCCCCGCCCAGCCCCGCCACGGAGGCGUCGGCGUGGUGAUGAGGAAGGCGAUGGGAAUGACGCGGAUGACAGCGAUGACGACGAUGACGAUGACGACGAGGAGGUGGAGAAAGAGGAUGACCCUGAUGACACGUAUGACCUCAUGUCUCGUAUGGUCCGGAACGAGAUGACGUAUUUUUACUGGACAACACGCAGAGAUUCCAUUGACAAUCGCUUACUGAGGAAGGAUCAGAUGACCAAUCACUAUGCAAAGGCAGGCACCUUCACCACCAAGGUGGGAUUAUGUGUCAAUCUGAGGAACCUGCAGUGGUAUGCUGCAGCUGAUCCAGACACGUUCUUCCCUCGCUGCUACAGGCUUGGCGCAGAGGAUGAGAAACACGCCUUCAUUGAGGACUUUCGGAGAACAGCAUGCACCAGCCUCCUGCAGUGUGUGGUGGAGAGGAGUUGUGGGGACAAAGUGGAGACAGAAAGUCAGAAGAAGCCGUGUAAGCGAAGGGCCACAACGCUGGUGGCAUCCAGUGUGAUUCAUAUCGCCUUGCGGGUGUGCCAGGAAUUCCUGGAUAGCUUGGAACACAACGACAUUGACAUCGCCAUGGAAAUGUCCCAAGCCCUCACAGAGCAGGAGUGGGCGGAGUUUAUUCAUAGCUAUUACCGUGUUGUCCAUGAUGGGGUGGAGAUUGAGGGCAGUGCUCACUAUGUGGACAGCUGCCAGGCCAUGCUGAAGAGGAUGCGGGACGUCAGUCCACAGCUGGACACCGACGGGAUCCACAACAUCUGGAUUGUUAAACCCGGGGCCAAGUCUCGUGGCAGGGGCAUCAUAUGUAUGAAACACCUGUACGAGAUCCUGAGGCUGGUGGACAGUGACCCACUUCUGAUCAAGGACACCAAGUGGGUGGUGCAGAAGUACCUGGAGCGCCCCCUCCUGAUCCACGGCACCAAGUUUGACGUGCGUCAGUGGUUCCUGGUGACAGACUGGAACCCACUGACAGUUUGGUUCUAUGAUAAGUGCUACCUGCGCUUCUCUACCCAGCCCUACACAGUGGAAUCACUGGACAGCUCAGUUCACCUAUGCAACAACUCCAUACAGAAGCACUUCCAGCCUUCCCAGCUGCGCCACCCCGAGCUGCCGGAGGACAACAUGUGGUCGUGUGAGCAGUUCCGGGCGUUCUUGCGCGGGCAGGGCCGGGAGGCCGAGUGGGCGGAUGUGGUGGUGCCGGGCAUGCAGCAGGCGGUGGUGCACGCCCUGCAGACCGCCCAGGACCUGGUGGAGUGGCGGCGCGGCAGCUUCGAGCUGUACGGCGCCGAUUUCAUGCUGGGCCGCGACCUGCGGCCCUGGCUGAUCGAGAUCAACGCCAGCCCCACCAUGGCGCCCUCCACAGGCAUAACUGCACGCCUAUGCGCCGCCGUGCAGGAGGACACCCUGCGCGUGGUGCUGGACCGGCGGCAGGACCGCACUGCGCACACCGGCGGGUUCAAGCUCAUAUACAAGCAGGCAGCUGUGGAGGUUCCACAGUACGUGGGGAUCAACCUGCUUGUGGAAGGGGCCCCUCUCCGGCGACCCCGCCCUCCUCCUCAGAGAAACCCCGCCCCCGCCGAGCACACCCCUGCUUCCUUACCUCGCACUGAUCAAGCGGGUCCUCUCCUUCUCAAACAUCGCCCCCCAGGGAGGGAGAACCGAGCGCAGGGGGAGAAAAGAAGCUCCCCGCAGUCCCCCAAGAGGUGGCGGAAGGCCAUGGUGAGACAGUUUACCUUCUCCAGCCUUAAGUCACCUCCUGCGGACAUUCCUGAGCGCCCUGCCCUGACCGCAGAGUCCAGGAAGCUGCAGCGCAUGGGCCUGGGGUUUGCCGUUUCAGACAGCCUGCCCCAUUCGCUGGAUUCGUCCUGGGGCAGGUCUUUUCCCUCAAGCCAGACUGCGCGGUCCCGAAACCCUCGCCUACAGCCUGUCCUGGAUCCCCCGAGCUGCGUCAACAGUGGCCCUGUCCUUCCUCUGGAGGUCAUCAGCCUGAGGCGUGGCCCGCUGGCAGCCAGCCACCCCCUGGACUCUUCCCCGCAUAUAUCGCACGCUGGCCACCGGCUGCACCACCUCGCCCACCUACGCAAACAGAUCAGGGAUACACGAGUAGGCCUCACAGGGCUCAAGCCCUCCUGA